AUGUUAGAGGACUUUUCGAAAGUAACCGACAAAGAAAUUAAUGAAGAUAAAGACUUGGAAGCACUUAUCGAACAGCUUAAAAAUGAUCCACUUGGUGAAUAUACGCGAAAAGAUAUAGAUAUUGUAGAGGUCGCAAAACGAAUACGACUUGGCUUAGAGUAUGCAACGUUUAAAAUCAAAAAUGGAUGGGAGAAAUACGAUGUCGCGACUUGUGAAAUUUUAUUUGAAGAAAAAAUGCGUAUAAAUGCGAUUCCCGUUCCGAAGAUAUUAGGAAGGAUUAAAAAUAGUAUACCAACUCGUGAAUAUGAAUUACCAGUGGCUCCACAAUAUAUAGAAUACAGCAAUGGAUCAGAAAGUAAAGUUAAGACUAGGCUUUCUGGAUCGAAAGCUGCCGCAAUAUAUGAAUAUUUAGAUUCACUAGAAAUGGCGUCGCAAGAUCUAUGUAUUAACCAAGAUCCGAUGUCAUCUUUACUAACAACUUCGCAAUUUAUUGGAUCAGACAAUUUCUGUGCACAAGAUUUGGGACAAUCUUUUUUGGAGACAACAUCAUUACGAUCUAUUGAGCCAAGCAAAUUAACCACUAAAUCUAAAAAAUCACGCGACCAAUCUUCGAGACACAAACGAAGCAGAUCGUACAGGGAUAGUGACAAAAUUGAUCCAAUGAUCGGACAAUCAAUUAAUGAGCCUUAUUCAAUAUCGAGUCAAACGGAAUCAAGUACAGGAUUGUUGCAUCCGCCUCCUGUUUUGAUCCCACUCACUUCCAAGAUUCCGGAACCAAGUCACGCCACCAAUCACGUGAUCACCCGAAAUCCGGUGGUUUCUGAAGUUAUUCUAAAAGCUUUGGAGGAAAAUACUAAAAAAAAGAAAACAAAGAAGAGAAAAUCGAUUACCAUGACUACCAGAAAAGGAAAGAAUAAGCGCCCAAAGCCGUCUGUACAUUCAACAAAUGAAGACGUUGAGAUGGAAGACUUCUUCGGUGCUACAGAAAGUAAUUUGCAUAUGAGCUCAAAACAAACUAUUAGUGAAAAUUCUUUAUCUUCACAAAAAGUCUCGGUGUCACCAAAUACAUUAUUUCAUGAACUCUGGGCAACUGCAAGUUCCGUUGUCCCGCAAAAGACAGCUUCGACGUCCAUGUCUCCAGGACAGUUAUUCAAUGAACUUUGGGCAACUUCAAGCGUCGCACAAAAAGACAAUACAGGUGCAGAAUCAACACUUGCAACUUCCAUAUCACCUGAUACAUUUCUUGAUGAACUUCUGGCUGCAAGUACUUAUGAAGACGACGAUGACGAAAAGACACCCAAAGACAGCACCACGGAAUCUACUCAAACAUUAGCAAUGUCCCCCGGCACUAUUUUCCGAGCUGCCUUAGACGAUUGGGCAGCCGUUGACUCUAAUUUUCCCAAUGCAAUACUUUCUCAUUUGCCGAAUUUGCCAUCAUCGCCUUUGGCGUCUUCCCCACCACAUACACCUUCAAGAUUAUCAUCAAAUGUUCAAACACUAGCCUCUUUGGCUUCAUCUUCGACAAGGGUUCCUUUGACAACUGCUGACCUCGACCCUCCAAGAACCCCACCACAUCAAAUUCGUUCUGCAAUUGAUUUAUCAACGCCAAACUCGGCAUUUUCAUUGAGUGAAUUUAUUAAUAUGUCUCCUACACCAAAAUAA